AUGUCGCGUCUCCUUCAUAUGCUGGUUCUUUUGCUUGUGUUUUUGACACUGUCUGUGUCACUCGGCCCUGGGCUCGCUCAGGAAGAUCUUGUUUCUAGUACGAACGGCUCGGUCUCUGGGAAACACGGCGAGGACCCGUACAACUGUGGACCCAACAAGCCCUGCUUCAACGGGGCCUGUUGUGGACGCGUGGGAUACUGUGGCUUCGGCCCGGAAUACUGCGGGACGACCGGCAAAUCUCCCAACGACGUGUGCUGGAGCAAUUGCGACGCGCACGCCGAUGCCUAUGGGUUUUGCGGGACGACGGCCGAGUUCUGCGGCAAAGGCUGCCAGAGCGGCUGCUCGAAGCCCAUGUCCAAGGCAUCCAACAGCAGCUCGCAGAAGCGUGUUUUGGGAUACUACGAGUCCUGGAUGAACGACCGGCAGUGUAUGGGCAUGCGAAUUAGCCAAAUUCCGGUCGAGAGUCUUACUCAUCUGUACUACGCGUUUGGUUACAUCACGCCCGCAACAUUUGAAGUCACCUUGAUGCCUGAUAUCAAUCCCAACACCCUUCUCGACUUCGCGAAGCUGAAGGAACGAAAUCCGUCAGUGGUUCUCAGGAUCUCGCUCGGCGGAUGGGACUUCAAUGAAGACAACACGCUCACGCAGAAUGUAUUCGCCGACAUGGUGUCCACCGAGGCGAACCGCGCCAAGUUCAUCCAACAUCUCAGGGUCUUCAUGAGACAACACAGUCUCGACGCCGUCGACAUUGACUGGGAAUACCCCGGUGCUCCAGAUCGUCAGCCAAACCACAAAGAUUGCAAAAAGGAUGGGGCGAACUAUGUAUCGUUGAUGAAGGAGUUGAGAGAGGCGGCGGACAGCUCGCUCAAAAAGUUCACCAUCUCGUUCACGGCGCCCACUUCUUAUUGGUACCUCCGAUGGUUCGACAUUGGACCCAUGGUGGACGCGGCGGACUUUGUAACCUUCAUGACGUAUGAUCUCCAUGGGAUAUGGGAUCAGGAUAGCACUAUCGGAAAACGCGUGUUAGCCCACACCAACCUUACCGAAAUCACCGAGGCGCUGGACCUCCUCUGGCGCAACGGCGUGCCGGCUGCCAAGGUGAACCUUGGGUUGGCGUUUUACGCGCGCACGUACACCCUGACAGAGCGAAACUGCAUCAUGCCUGGUUGUCCCUUCGAAGGUGGCGGUGAGGCUGGCCCUUGCACCAAGCAGUCCGGAAUCCUGUCAUACAGUGAGAUCGCAAAUCUGCUCGCCACGCAGGAUGUGACCCCUGUCUACGACAAAGAAGCGGCGGUGAAAUGGAUCGUCUGGGGAUCCAAGAAUUGGGCCUCCUACGAUGAUCAUCAGACGCUUCAGGACAAGAUCCACUAUGCGGACAAGCACGGGCUGGGAGGCCUGGCCAUCUGGGCGAUUGAUCAGGACGACCGCAGCUGGAAUGCACUGCGUGCAGUCCUCUACCCUCGAGACCUCGGAUCGCAGAAGACUCUCGGAGGCCAUGUCGCGUACUGGGAGCGCCGUGUGGCUGCGACUUGCGAAACCACUCACUGCGGCGGAUCAUGUCCGGCCGGUUACAUUGAGCUGACGACACUGAAGUGUGUUGAAGAUGACGAGCGCUUGCAACGUGUGUGCUGUCCGAUAGAGUCGACCCCUGACCCUAAGACAUGUACAUGGCGGGGAACACCCAGCUUCUGUAAUGGCCAGUGCCAUGGUGGCGAGGUCGCCCUGGCUUCAAGAGGGAGACCUUAUUGUAAGGAUGGUCGUCAGUUCUAUUGUUGUCCAAUCCCUGAGUCCGCCGGCGAUAAUGCAGGGAUCAACUGUAACUGGCAGUCCGAGAAGUGCCGUGAGGAUCAGACCCUCAUGACGUUUGCAGGAACCUUUCUCGGGGAGUUGGAGCAGCUUGUUCCUGCGUUAUACUUGGUGGGGAUCCCCCUUUCCGUCGCAUUAGAGGGAUUGGAUAUUACCUUGCGCCGACACUAUUGCUGCGGGAUUAAAGAGGCGCAGAAUUGGAAGGACUGUUACUGGGCCGGUACUCCGGGCAAGGGGGUGCACAGCUGCGAUGAUAACCACUGCGCCACGGGCAUAGAAGUGCAGUUGACCAACCAUAAAUAUGGAGCCGGUCAGUCCUGUGCCAUAACGCUUCGCGAUCGAGCAUUCUGUUGUACUCCGGUCUCCGGCCAGUCUCUUUUCCUCCCGGUUCCCUUGGAGAAUCUGUUCCCUCACCUUCCCCCCUCAAACGAAGCGGAGCCCAUCUUUCGACUUCAGAUAGAUGGCUCUUGGGGUACAGGUCAAGAUCAAGGCGAGCACAACCAUCCAAAUAACGCAUCGUUUGGAUUCGUCAUCAUCACUGCUCCUAAGGAGGUUCAUGGUGAACAGACUGUCAAGAUGGUUUGCACCAACCUUACCGAUCACAGUCGAUGCAAUGACAUCUACCUCGGGGACGGGGUUCCUGGCACAAUUCUGCAGAUGCCUGCCGGCUGUGGGCCCGGCAAGUACGCGGCCCCAGUCUAUGACCUCACUUUUGACUACGAUUUCCGCCGCGUUCCCCGCGGGUACGGCCCCAGUCAGAUGAGACUCGACUUCAGCAACGAAGAAGGCUACUGGGAUGCAGUAGUCAGCCGGCCUGCCUCACCGAAAAAGAGCGAGCCUGAACUGGAGGAAUACCGUCAAAACCGCAAACGCUGGCUGGAAGACGAAUGGCGCGAUGCCUACCACCAUGGUGGUCUGUCCCAUACCGAGAUCCAUCGGCGGUGGUUCGCGUCGGAUGCUCUUAAAUGGCUGAUAACACUAGUCGGCGUUGGCGAGGCAGAGCUGAACAAGAAAUUCAACCACAAGGUGAAGGAAAUGGUGCGGGUUGUCUUAUUCGAUGGAUCUGCCACCUGUCCGGUGGGGAGUGCCACGGCAUACGCCAACCUGCGAGCCAGCGUGGAAUCGAGCAUCGAUAUUGAGACCUCCUUUGGGAUCACCAUCAUCGUCAAUCUGGCGCAACCUCUAGACCUAAGCAACUCGUAUCUCUACUUCAGGAACCGAGGCAAGGUUUGGACUCACUUUCGCUUGGACGCGGACGCUUCGCUGCACUGGAACUCGGGGGAUGUCAAGCUGCUAGGGCUCGACGACUUCCCCGGUGCUACCUUCACGGUCCCUGGCAUUGUCACCGUUGGCCCGAAUUUGGAAAUGUAUGCCUCGGUGCAUGCAGGGGUGACUUUUUCAGGCAGUUUCAAGGCACAGGUGAACCUGGCGGAGUGGGAUGUCGAACAGACGUACCCAUACGACGGCAAAUUAGGUCCGAAGGAAAUCUCGGAAACCAAGACGGAUGGUACGCGAAUGAUCGGGGAGCCCCGUAUGGAGGCCUCGGCCGGUGCUAGCGGCGAAUUCUCGCUCAACCUCAAACCCAGGGUGAAUUUUGGCGUGGUUUUUGAUGACAGGUGGAAGGUGCCAUCAUGCAGCGUGCAACUGAACCUGGAAGAGUCGAUUAUCUUUCACGCUCAAGCUGGAUGGUCCAGCAACUCGGAGGCGCAAGGCUCAUGUCUAUCCUCAUACGGUAUCGAUGCAGCCCUCAGGAUCUACGCGGCACUCGACGCACCCGAUGUGUUUAACUGGGGAGGCGAACGCGGCGGUCAACGACACUUCCCUCUCUUUAGCCGACCUCGGAAGGAGAUCUACGCAAGUAAAUGUGCUUCAGCCUCGAUAUCAAUAGACUCGACUGAUUUGAUGGAGUAUAACGUCAACAAUGCGGUGGUCUUGUACUCGCCUCCCGUGCCGUCCUGGCUGGCGCUGGCAAGAUCUCAUAGCAGAUUCGCCGACUACGGUGACCAAGUGAGUGCGAGGGAGCCUGCCUCCCUACACAAACGCCAGCAGAUCACCAUUGGCCCCAUCCUUAGUCUGCCCGGUGGCCUUCUUUCGUGUCCUGCGGCUGGCAACGUGACCGGCUGUGUUUCAUGCAUCGUCUCUACUGCCGCCGAAUCGUCCUUGGAGCUGGCUGGAAGAGGUGACGAGAACAUUUGUCCAUGGCACCCACCUCGCGGCACCGAGUGUACGGGCACUUCGGUUAUAACCAUCUCUUCUCUGGAAUGGAAGAAGAUGCCCUUAUCGUGGGCAAUUCAUCCAAUCACAGGGCGUCCGGAGAUCGACCUGGCCAGGUAUCCAACCUGUUCUGCCGGAGACCUGGACUCGCUCAGCAAAGUCUCCAAGUGGUGGAUGGUUGGGGACCGGAAAUCCAGCUCGUGUGAUCCGGCCAUUCGAAAAGUCAGCAAAGACUCCAGCACGCCGACAGUGCAAGGGGUCCCCAUCUUUCGGAAUUUUGCAACCGACCAUGUGUUUGAUGUCCACCUGCUGUCCAACUUCCUAGAAUGGGUGUGUGAUACCGACAAGGAUCUCAACUACCAUGGUCAGGGAAAGAUGACGUGGUUGAAGGGAUGGCAACGGCCUGACGCCGUGUGGUGUCAGCAUGUCUUCGGUCCAGAUACAAUAACGGGUGGUUUUGAUUUCAAGUUGGAUCCAAAGGAUGAUAAGCCAAGUAACUUGCUCGCCAACAUCGCAACCAAAGUAGGAGGCACUGAGCACCCGGAAUGGUUAGCGAUCCUCGCUGAGAUGACGAACAAUGAUAAGGCAACUUGGCUUCAAGGCCAACGACCAAGCAUACCUCAUCCAACAGAGGCAGCCACGGUACACGCUUCUAAUGUGCAACGGCAUGCCGCGGUAUCUGACUAUCUUCACUCGGCGAAGAUCAAGGACGCGUGGAUGCAGCCUUCCAACGGCAUUGAGGCUGUAUGCGCUGCAUUCGAUCAAGCGUUCUGGGGAUCCCCAUUCGCCAAGAACGCGAUCGGUGUGAAGCUGGAGCGCCCGCCAGCUCCUGACAAAGUCACCACCUGGGGUCUGCGCACACUUUGGUGUUUGUGGAUUGAUGACCAUCUGUAUCGUGUGGAGGCGGUUGUCGGGCCAUGGCUAGCCAAAUCAAGGGAGGAACUACAGAAGAAGACUGAUGCAUCGUCGAAUUUAGCUAUCAACUUCCUCACGGCGUACAUGUCUCCCCAAGGGCUUGCGAGCGCCGACCGGAUGAGGUUGCCCCGGGUCCCUUUCUCGAAGGGAACUCGUCCGCCCAUCGCAGGCUGGGGAAGUGAGAACUCGGAACUGAGUCAAUACGGCAUGUGGGGAUCUAACGGACUAGGUCCUUUGGGAGUCUGA